UCUUCAAGCUCUAAUCUCAGAAAUGGCACUGAGGAUUGUCUACGGUGCGGUGUUCCUCUCCAUCUCCUGCGCCUACUCUAUGUUCCUCCACCUUAUUCUCCACCCGAUCUUCUACUUCACCUCCUGAUGAUCGCUGCUGCUCAAAUCGGUUUGGUCCUCCGAUUCUUGGUUUCGAUUUUUCAAUACCUUUUGUUAUGAUUGGUUGAAACUGCAAAGGAAACGGAAAAAGUUUUUUUUUUUUGUUGCCGUGUAAUUCCAGACUUUUUCUUGUUUGUUUUUGUUGGUUGUCUGUUCUGAGAUGCCGAUUUGUGAUUGCUGUUUGUUUUUGUCGUUUUCAUGUGUAUUCAAUUUUAAUGUCGGUUCUCUGUAUUAUCUCAAUUUUGAAUUUUUUUCAUUUAUCAAGAAAAUUUGUGUGAUCAAAAUUUGAAACGCGAUUGUGAAUUUGUAAUGAAAAUGAUCCAGUUAUCUUCUGAUUUUCGAAGUUUGAGAGUAUACUAUAGAGAUUUAAUAGUCUCAGUCAAAAGAUUUGGUGUCGAAUUGAACCAUACUGGAAAGGUGAAGGAAGACCCAUUUCAAUUACGUAAUUUCAUUUCGAUUUAUUAGGCUAAAGUCGCCACCAUACCAAGGGAGUGUGUCUCAUCUGGUGAAUUUCGACAAGUGAGAGCAAAGUGAUUAUCAACUUAGAUAUAUGACAGUAACUGCAUAUAUUAUGAAUUUACAUGUGAAUGUAUUUGCUUUUGAGCCCUUCCUUGUUUUCCUUUUAAUUUUAUUUAUAGAGACCACUCCAUGGCAGGCUCUUCAGAUUUGUUAAAUGCUGCUCCAGAGCAAAUCAUUGUUUUAAGCUUUUGUCCUCUCAAAGUAAAAAACUUGGAUGACAUAUUGAUGUUGCAUGCCAAGAAUCCCAGGAUCAGUGUUCUAAGGAUUUAACUUGUCAUCCAAGUGCUUCAUUUUACACAUAUUUCUUAGAAAAGAGAAGUUCCAAGUUCAAAUAUGAGCCGUUACUCCUAAUAUAACUAGCCAACUGGUUACAAGGUAGCUCAUGUUUACAGAAUUUGUAUGCCACUAUUGUUCAAACUGUCACUGACACUGAGCUGUCUCCACUGAUCUUCUUGUGCAUUCAGUUGACUUGCUAACUUUUGUAGGUGAAGAGCUGUACUGUUGUGAAACAACUACAAAGAUAAGUGUGAAGGAGCUUGAUGCUUCGCAUGGGUUCACCUGGACGCAUGUACAAUAGACGUGGUUGGAAGGAUUGGAAAUGAAAGAUCAGUCUGCCUGGCUGUUCUAGAUCGAAACUACGCCUGACCUCUUGGCUUCAGAGUAUUCAGUAUUCUAUUGAAAUAAAUGUAUUAAUGAU